CCAUGGAUUCUGCCCUAGCCAAGAACGAGGGAAGCUGGAGACAUCGAAGUUGACAUUAAUGAUUGACGUCGACAUUCAAUACUAAGCGGCUUCACAGAAUAUACACGCCAGAACCAGUCUUCAAUGCACUCAAUCCUGAAUUCACAUCCUAGUAAACCAUAGGUCCAGGAUACUCGACGGGCCGCCAUGGCGUCCAACAUGCCUGUCCCCUUACCUCCACGGACCCCUACUCCACCACCAGACGAACAGCAACCGAUAGGACUGGGACUCGACAAGUUAUAUGAAGACCAAUCCUCACCGACAAAGCUGGGUUAUGGUCUCGAUAGUCUCUCACCACUGUCAGAGAACUUUUCUACAUCGCAAUUUGCCUCGCUGGCACCCUCCUCGAGCGCAUCCCCUCGCAGUGCUAUAAUUCCUGGCUCUGCAGCGCCAUACACUCCAUACACCCCAAUGUCAGCGACAAGUGAAGAUACAGAGCCCGUACAGAAUCCGUUCAAUUUCCAGACCGUUACAUACACUGCAAGCAAAGCUCCCCCGAGUUCGAAAUCAGACAUCGGACGUCGCCGUGGCCACAAAUAUAAACACUCCUCUGUCUCCCACCAAAUCUUCCUCGAACCACCGCCCAACCGCGCACCUCUCCAACUCCCCGCUUCCCUUCCGAUUCCCACAUGGCGCGAAUACUGGUCCAGCAUGUCGCAUGACCAAGCUUUGCGUGGCGCAUGGUGUUUCUGUCACCUCACAACCAGCGGCUUUGUCUUCUGGGGCGCUCAUGAAUCCCUCGCACUGACUGUGCUCUCACGUCUCUUAUUCUUCGACGCCCUUGGUGCGUUCUUAUGCGUAGCCGUCGACGUCGGCGGCAACUUCGAGGCCUGGAUGCGCAGCAGUAUUCGCCACCCGUUCGGCUUCGAGCGCGCAGAGGUUGUCGCGGGACUAGGCAUGAGCGUGGGACUGCUGUUCAUGGGCCUAGACUUGAUAUCACAUUCGUUGACACAUGUUCUAGAGGACGCGGGCUCCCAUGCGCCACACCACUCGCACGGCGCGCGACCAGCGCAUGAGCGUGUGAGUCCCGGGAGCAUCGAUGUUUCGGCGCUCCUUGCGAUUGCAGUGACUCUGACGAGUGCCUUGGUGCUCAAGAACCAUGCACGUAUUGGCAGGGUCAUGCGCAUUGGGUAUUUUAGCAGCUUGCCUAGCAUCCUGUCGAAUCCGAGCCACUUCCUGACACUGAGUUGCUCUGCACUAUUACUACUGCUGCCAUUGAUGAGCAUACGCAUGUACGUGUGGCUAGACCGCAGUCUUGCGCUGGUCGUCGCCGUAAGCAUGAUUGUACUCGGCUGGCGCAUGGGCUGGCGAUUAGGCAAGAUGUUGAUGAUGAGCUAUGCAGGACCAGGGAUUAGUGAUGUGCUGUUUGAGAUCCAAUCGGAUCCGAGCGUGAGUGGAAUUGAGGAGGCGAAAUUUUGGCAGGUGCAUUAUGGCCUAUGCCAAGCCAAUCUGAAAUUGAAGGUCAGGGAUGUGGAAGAUGGAGUUCGACUCAGGGAGAGGAUCGCAAGUUUGGUGAGGAAUAAGCUGGGAGGUGGGUAUGGGAGUGGUGGCCAGAAGUGGGAGGUCAGUACACAGUUGAUGUUGGAAAAGGAUUGAGUAGGUGUAAAUAUAUAUUGUCGUCUGCAGACAUCUAAGCCACUCCCUUCGUCAAUACGCCGUUAACGUAAGAACAACUAAUCAGGUACGUCACUGGACGAGGGUG